UGUGAGGUCAGUUCAUCUUCUACUGGCAUGAAGUCAGACCCCAGUCAUCAUUUCCUGGGGUUUUAUAUCUGAAAUGAGUGAUGGAGCUAUCACACCUGAUCUUGAGGGAUGCUGUACUCUGCACAGCCUGUCUCCAGUGAAAAUGAUGUUUAUUUUCAUUCAGUUAACCUUCUAGCUUUGCUUUUUCCUGAAGCAUAAGGACCAAGUCAAUGAAAGGAGUGGAUCCAUCUUGCCUAGAGAACUGCUUAUGUUACAGUGAAUACUUUCAGAAUUUAAACUUAAGCACUGGCUUGUGUUUUCCUUGAACUCAAACUAAUCCUCUCCUUGAGGUGCACACUCUCAUUUGUAUCCAGCAAAUAAUGCAACUUUCACUUGCAUAUUAUUUCUCUAAUGUGACACCUGGAUGCAGUUAUGUUUGGAGCCUCAACACUCUGUAGGGUGAGUGCAAUGUGAAUGGUGGGAAGUGGUUUGGAGUGGUCAAAGUUGAUGGAAGAUGAGGCAAGAGGCUCUUGGAGUCAUUCAAGUAUUAUAACACGAUAGGGCAGGAACUGGAGUAUCAUCAUCACAGUGAGAUGAAGAGAACUGAGAUUUGAAUGAUAAAGCAGUUCAGUGAAAAUAAAAUGUCACUGCUAGAACAAACCCUAAGAGCUCUUCUAGUCCCAAUGCCUUCGUACAGAUACAGAAACUGAAGCCAAAGAGUUUAAUCACCUCGCUCAAGGUUGCCCAUGGCUGCCACCACAGGAUACCGGGACUAGACCUCAAUGCUUGUUCCACUGCUUCACACUUUUGCCAUGGUAUUUCAUUUGCUCUAGUAAGCAUUGUAUUUUAAAACAAAAUUUCCGAAGUCAGGAUGCAUUUACAACCGAUGGCAUGUCAGUUUAUUUGGCAACGUUUUUCUCAGUGGUACACGAAAAGAACGAUGCAUCUUAUACUUGACAGCAUCUUAAAUUCAAUGAAAUAUAAUAGUCACGAAGGCAGGGAGGGCAGAUGGGGUUGAUGAGGCCACUCACCUACCACAGCCCUCUAACCUCCGGGGGCGGAGACAAUCCGCUGGACCCGCCCCUUUCCCGUCAGGGGCGUGUCUCAACCCUGACUCCGCCUGCCCCUCUGACCACUGCCCCCUCACGUGACCAGACGCCUCGCCCACUCACUCCGCGUCCUUGCGCCACAAUCUCCGCCCUCCCCCUCAGAGCCUCCGCCCCACGGCUUGGCCCCGCCCCUUCCCAUCUGCGGGGCUGUGGGAAGGGGCCCGAAGCAAGAUGGCGGUAAACCAGACCCACAGCCAGGACCGCCGUGGGGUCGUCAUCGCCUAUGGUGAAAGUCUCCUGAUGCAGUCUCCAGAUGUGGAGCUCUCCUUCCCACAGCAACCAGAGGGCUCCAACCUCUUUAGUGGUACUAAGAGGGGAACAUUGGUUCUCACUUCACACCGGGUGAUUUUCUUGACUUCCCGCUCAGUCAAUGAUCCCAUGUUGUCUUUUAUGAUGCCAUUUGACCUGAUGAAGAACUGCACCGUUGAACAACCAGUCUUUGCUGCAAACUACAUUAAAGGAACUAUUCAGGCAGCUCCAGAUGGUGGCUGGGAAGGACAGGCUAUUUUUAAACUAGUCUUCAUAAGAGGAGGUGCAAUCACAUUUGCCAAAUUGAUGAGCAAAGCUGCCUCUGCUGCUGCCCAAGGAGUUCCACUUAGACCUGUAAAUGCCUGGUUCGGCCCUAUACAAAUUUUUGUUACUAGUCAAGGGAAUAUGUGCACUCCACAGACACCUUGUUCAGUAAUUGUCUAUGGAGCCCCACCCAUGGGAUACGGCACCCUGCCUCCAGAGAACAGAGCCCCACCUAUGGGAAAUGAAGGCCUGCCUGUGGGAAAUGGAGCCUCGCCUGUGGGAUAUGGAGCCCCGCCUGUGGGAUAUGGAGCCCCGCCUGUGGGAUAUGGAGCCCCGCCUGUGGGAUAUGGAGCCCCGCCUGUGGGAUAUGGAGCCCCACCUGUGGGAUAUGGAGCCCCACCUCCAGGCUACAGAGCCCCACCUAUGGGAUAUGGAGCCCCACCUGCUGGAUCUGUAGCUGCCCAGACUCCUGAAAAUGGGGCUUCUCUUCCAUCUACCUCAUCUCAGGCCCAUUCUCCACCUUCUAAGAUAUAAACCUUGAAGACUCACCAAGCAAAGAGGCAUCCUAAAAUUGAAGUCAGGAUAAGGAGGACUCAGUUUCUUCUUUUCUCACUUUCAAACCACUGUACAUGGGCAAAAGUGACAAGGAGAGGAAGAGAGUCUCCAAACUAGAGCCAGGAAUAAGGUUCCCUCAUUCAGCUUUUCAGCAUCUGCGGGAAUGUGAUGGAAUACAAAAGGAUAGAAAGCAAGCCUUUUAGUCCUGUACUAUCUGGUAGCUGACCCACAAAAUAAGCCUCCAAAUACUCCUUUUCUUGGAUAAAUGGAUGCUUACCAGCCUGCUGGAGCAGAGCCUUCCUGGCUCAAAUGCCCCAAGGUAACCUAGUCGUGGGGUUGGAAGUGAAACAUGACAUCCAUCCCGAACUUUACCUUGAGCGUCUUCUGGAGAGUGGAGAUGGUGGGGCAGACUCAACCAUGGACUGCCUUGCCAGCCUGCUGAUGCACUUCACUCUUGUUCUGUGCACAGGUUCCCUGUCACUUCCUUGCUCAAUUCCAUGUGUGACUGCUUACUGUUUGGUCCUUCUUUCCAGAGGAAGUGAGUGAGGGUGCCACUAAUCAGCCAUCGAGAAGCCUGCCUGUAUUGUUUUGAUGCCCCUACCAGGAAGGCUUUUGGUCUGGAUAUGUGGCACAACCUUGUAAGGACAUCAGUUGGUCCCUUGUGCAAAUAAAUUUUCCUUACCUGCAA